AUCGGACAGAAACGGUGUAAAUAAGAGGGCAAAACCAGACGAAAAGCUUUAGACCGUGUGUUGUGUUGCUCCAGAGCUGCUCAUACACUAACAGCAUGUUUUAUUCGAGGCACAAAUUUGAGUCUUUACUAGCCUUUUGUUCAUUUUUCACCAUGUUUGUCCGCGCAGACUGUUUUCGUAGAGUUGUAUGGACCGAUUGCAGGAGGUCAUUCCCGCUUGCUUUAUGUAGAAAAUACAGAAGCUCAACUACUUUAAUCAAACGUCCACGUUUCCUAGUUUAAAACUACUCAUUCCUUUUGUAAUUGUACCGUUAACAUUAGUAAACCACUCAGCAGCUGUGAAGAUAUUGUUGUCCCAGACGCCGAACAUCGUUGAUUCGUCAAAGUGCUAUUUCUUUGCUUUCAAUGACUCUUGACCGACUUAGAAAAGAUGUUUCAAAAUCGAAUAUUCUAAAAAUAAUCAACCAAGGAUGGGGAAUCUUAUUUCUUCCAGUACUGGGAGCCUCUCCAGUACAGCCUGUGUACAACUUGUUCAGGAGAUGGUGUCACAGAACUGUGUUGUCAUAUUCUCCAAGACCACCUGUCCUUAUUGCAAAAUGGCCAAAAAUGUGUUCAAUGAAAUUGGUGCCAAUUACAGGGUGAUUGAACUGGACCAGCACAACGAUGGGAAGAGACUUCAGGAGGCCUUGGCACAGUUGACUGGUGUCAGAACAGUUCCAAGAGUUUUUGUGAACGGAAACUGCAUUGGGGGCGGCUCUGACACCAAGCAGCUCCAUCAGCAGGGAAAGUUACUGCCACUCAUCGAGCGGUGCUCCCCCUGCUGUAUUACCGAAGGAUCAGGCAGUGGACACUUUGAACCCUCUAAAUGACUAACCGUUGUUUUAGCCUUUUUAAAUCCUCUAUUAUUUAAUGCUUUGCUUAAUUGUAUACUAGAAGUUACAAAUUUUUUGAACAUGUCCAUGCUCUUGGUUUAUCAAAGUCAAACAGAUUGUUGAUGUCCAAUUUGCUUGUAUUUUCUCAUAGAUGUGAAGUAUCAGUAUACAUUUUAUUAAAAUCUCCCAUCUUAAAACAUAAGUAAACCCUGAAAGCACUUCUGUUCCUUUGUUGAAUUACAAAAUAAAAGGGAAAAAAAUAGCUUUAAACUUUAAUAUGUACUGGAAUUGGGAUACCUGGAAAUACUAAAACACCUGAUUAUAACACACACUUUACUAUGCUGCUAGUCUGCAAAUCUUGGAGAACAACAUUAUGUGUAUUUAAGAACUUACUGUUCUUUGACAUUUUAGCAAUAGCUGUGAAUGUCUGAAUGUUUACUAGAGAAUAGCAUUGAUAAAAAAAAAAUUCCAAUGCAUGUCAAAGGUUCCAGGAGAGCCUAAAUAGGAGAAAAGUAUUUUUAUUCCUGUACGUCAGAUGUACAUUAUUUAAUAAACAUGAAAGAAAUACCAUUCUCAA